GAAACUGCCGGCUUUCAAAAUCCACCUCCCUCCGCCAUCAUCCGCCGCCGUGCGGGGAGCAGGUGGUGUCGGAGGUGCGAGCGGAGAGAAGCGCUUGGGCAAAGCUGACGGACGUCUACCGGUGGGGCUGAGCAUCGGGAGCGCCGGACCGGAGGCGGCGACCCCGAUCUGACCUGACCUGACCUGACCCGGACCCUAAAUCCGUCCGCGCUCGCCGGACGCACGCGCGCACUCCGGUCGCCCCACGCGGCGGCGCAGCCUGUGUACGUCUGCAGAUUUCCAGGGGAGCCCACCAUCGCAGCCACCAUGGCCUCUGAAGAUAUUGCCAAGCUAGCAGAGACGCUUGCCAAGACCCAGGUGGCCGGGGGACAGCUGAGUUUCAAGGGCAAGAGCCUCAAACUCAACACUGCGGAUGAUGCCAAAGACGUGAUUAAGGAGAUUGAAGACUUUGACGGCUUAGAGGCCCUGCGCCUGGAGGGCAACACGGUGGGCGUGGAGGCAGCCAGGGUCAUCGCCAAGGCCUUGGAGAAGAAGUCGGAGCUGAAGCGAUGCCACUGGAGCGACAUGUUCACGGGGAGGCUGCGGUCAGAGAUCCCCCCCGCCCUGAUCUCUCUCGGGGAAGGACUCAUCACAGCCGGGGCCCAGCUGGUGGAGCUGGACCUGAGUGACAACGCCUUCGGGCCUGACGGCGUGCGAGGCUUCGAGGCCCUGCUCAAGAGCUCUGCCUGCUUCACGCUGCACGAACUCAAGCUCAACAACUGUGGCAUGGGCAUCGGUGGUGGCAAGAUCCUGGCAGCAGCUCUGACCGAGUGCCAUCGGAAGUCCAGUGCCCAAGGCAAGCCGCUGGCACUGAAGGUCUUCGUGGCCGGCAGAAACCGUCUGGAGAAUGAUGGCGCCACCGCCUUGGCAGAAGCUUUCGGGAUCAUCGGGACUCUGGAGGAGGUCCACAUGCCCCAGAACGGCAUCAACCACCCCGGCGUCACUGCCCUGGCCCAGGCCUUCGCCAUCAACCCCUUGCUGCGAGUCAUCAACCUGAACGACAACACCUUCACCGAGAAGGGCGCCGUGGCCAUGGCCAAGACGCUGAAGACCUUGCGGCAGGUGGAGGUGAUCAACUUCGGGGACUGCCUGGUGCGUUCCAAGGGCGCCGUUGCCAUCGCAGAUGCCAUCCGCGGGGGCCUGCCGAAGCUGAAGGAGCUGAACUUGUCAUUCGGUGAGAUCAAGAGAGAGGCUGCUCUGUCCGUUGCUGAGGCCGUGGCAGACAAGACGGAACUGGAGAAACUGGACCUCAAUGGCAACAUGCUGGGAGAAGAAGGCUGUGAGCAGCUGCAGGAGGUGCUGGAAGGCUUCAACAUGGCCGCGGUGCUGGCGUCCCUCAGUGAUGAUGAGGGUGAGGACGACGAGGAUGAGGAUGACGAGGAGGAGGAGGAGGAGGAGGAAGGAGAAGAGGAGGAGGAGGAGGAGGAUGAGGAGGAGGAGGAGGAAGAGGAGCCACAGCAGGAAGAGCAGGGCGAGGAGUCGAACACGCCUUCAAGGAAGGGCCAGGGCCCGAGCAGCGGGGAACCAGCUCCUGUCCUGUCCUCCCCGCCUCCCGCAGACGUCUCCACUUUCCUUGCCUUCCCCUCCCCGGAGAAGCUGCUGCGCCUCGGGCCCAAGAGCUCCGUGCUGAUAGCCCAGCAGACUGACACAUCUGACCCGGAGAAGGUGGUCUCCGCCUUCCUGAAAGUGUCCUCCGUGUUCAAGGACGAAGCCUCGGUGCGGACGGCUGUGCAGGACGCAGUAGAUGCUUUGAUGAAGAAGGCCUUCAGCUCGUCUGCCUUCAACUCCAAUGCGUUCCUCACCCGGCUGCUCAUCCACAUGGGGCUGCUCAAGAGUGAAGACAAGAUCAAGGCUGUCGCCAACCUGUACGGCCCCCUGAUGGCGUUGACCCACGUGGUGCAGCAGGACUACUUCCCCAAGGCCCUCGCCCCCCUGCUGCUGGCAUUCAUGACCAAGCCCAACGGCGCCCUGGAAUCCUGCUCCUUCGCCCGUCACAAUCUCCUGCAGACGCUGUACAAGGUCUAGAUGCCCAGCUGGCCUUGCCCGCCCCUCGCCUGGACCAUGACUCGGGAAGGGACUCAGCUGAAGGACUGUGGCCGGCGGCAGGGACGGGCUUUGUCUCGCGUGUCGUGUCUCCCGAGUGUGUGUGUCGGUGUGGCGUACGUGCAGGCGUGUGCUUCUGGUCGGGGUAUGAGUUUCUCAUGUCUCCUUGCCGGACUCGCCCUGUUCCCGCUGGAGCGGAGCUGAUGGCCUCCAGGCGCCAGGGCUGCAGGUUGCUGUGCCAUUAAAGCUGCCGCGUCUGAGGACGCUCUGCUCUCUGCGCAGGCGCCAGGCCCCAGCGGCUGUCCCCCAGCCUGCCUUCCUUGCCCCCGGUGCGGGCCGCACCAGGCCUGGGGCACUGCUGCCCAGGUGUGUCCUGUCCUGCCUGGGGCUGCUCGCUCAGGGCUGCUCUGCUUCCUGUCGCCAGGCCUGGCUCCUCUGGCCACCCUGCCCUCCCAUCCACCCUGCUCUGUGCGGCCCCUCAGCCUGCGGGGCCGGGACCGCUCUGGGGCCACGGGGUGGGGCUGGCAGAGGGCAAGACUGGGUGUGGGGGUCCGGCCACACUGCGUGGGUGGGAAGGGAAGCCGGGGGCACGCACGAGGGUCUGGGAGCUGGACUCGCCUGGGCAGUGCUGGCUCUGCGCCGCGUGCGGGCCGCUGAAGUGUCUGGGCACGGCCUAGGAGCCCCGGCGGAGAGGUGGGGGUCUGGGCAGGCCCACACCUGUUCUCCAGCGGCGCAGGCAGGGACAGGGCCUGCUGGGGCCUGCGGGCCUGGUGCCGGGGCCAGGUGGGGGCUGGGCUGGGCUGAAGGGGCCCUGCAGCACUCCGUGCUUUCCCCAUGUGCUCUGUGUGUGUCUGGGCUGUGCCCAGGGCUUCACAAAUAAAGUGUGGCAGCAGUGAACACUGA